AUGGAGGGUGAUAGUGAUAAUUCAUUUUGUGAGAAUGGAGAUUCUCAACAAGAAUACUAUUAAAAUUAAUAAGAAGAAGAUUAAGAUUAUGGAAGCGAGAACCAGUCAUAACAGUAAUUAGAUGGAGAAAACGAUGAAGAUGACAAUGAUGAUUUGUUAGAGAUGAGUGGCAACGGAGAUCAGAGCUACAUCAGUGGAAAUUAUCUCAGUGAUCAUCAAUAAUACUAGCAGCAACAGCAAUAACAGUACCUUUAACAGCAAUAAUAGUAUCAAAGGUUUUAAUAACAAUACCAAAAUGAGGAUGAAGAAGAGGAGGAGGAUAAUGAUUAACUUCAGAAUUAGUAUUAAGAUUAAGAUCAAGAAGAUGAGCAGGAUGAAGAUUAAGAUGAGGAAGAGCAAGAAGAAGUUGAAGAUGAAGAAGGAGCAGAGGAUCAAGACUAAGAAGGAGACUAAGAAGAAGAUGAUGGAUAAAACGAGGAUGAGGAUGAAGAUGAAGAUCAUGACUUGAGAGAACCCACAAAGCCUUAAAUUCUAUAUUAAUAACAGCAGUAGAUGCAAUAGCAUUAGCUUUUGAAUCAGUAAUAGCAAUACUACAAUCAACUUCAAUAACAAUAGCUUCAAAGGUAGCAAUAAGAGAGUCAAAAUAAUCAAGUUCAAGCAAAAUAGCAGUAAUAAUAACUGUAGAAGGUGCAACUAAAGCAAUCGCAACACUAGCAGUAAAAAAUGGCGGAGAAUCAAGAUGAGGAUCAGGAUGAAGAUGAGCAGAAUAAUGAAAGCGAGGAGGAAGAUCAAGUAAAUGAUAUGUCCUUUAGUCACAUUGACUACAAACAGUAAUUCCAGUAGUAAAGGCAGUAGAAUGGUUAUACCUAGCAGUAAUAAAAUUAAAAUGAAAGUGAAGAAGGAGAGGAUCAAGAGCAAGAGCAAGCAGAUGAAGAUGAAGAGGAGGAAGAAGAUGAUGACCAAGAAAUAGGGGAGAUGAAAGCAAAAUUCGACAAGAUAAUGGCUAACUUUGUUGAUGAAAACAAGAAGAGUGGAAAGUAAAGCUACAUUCACAGCAAUGACGAUAACAAUAUGAACUCAAUUCAAAAUAGAGAUAAGACUCUAGACUUCAAAAAUAAAAACAUGCAGAAAAAUGUGAAAGGCAUAAUCAACAAACCACCUAAAGCUCAGCCAUAAAAUAUCCAAAAUAAUCAGCAUUAGCAGUAUACUAGUAAUGAUGAUGAAGAUGAUUAGUAUGAUGCAGUAGUAGAAGGCCCAGACAGAGACAAUGAUGAAUAGUCAGUCAACAUCAAAAUCAACAAUAAACAACUAUUUCCGCAAAAGCCACCAAUGCCGCUUAAGUCAGUGUUGAAAAAUGGGGGCAAAGACUAAUAAAGAUCCUCUACUCCUGAUAGAGAGCAGGCUCUGAGAGAGCGAAUUUAGAAUUAAAACAUGCAGCAUUAAUAGUAACUGACUGCUGUAAACAUAAGAUCCUAUUCUUAAAACAAUGAGAAUUGUGGUCAAUAAUUAGCAAGGCCAAAGAGUGCUUCACGGCCUGGAGGUAUCUAAUCUUAAAAAUAAUUCAAUGCAAUUCAAUAACAAAUGCAGCCAUAACAACAGCUAGUUGCCUAGAAAAUCAGCUUGAAAAGACCUUAAACAGCAGUUGUGAAGAAGAAUAAUCUUACAUAGUAAACAUAAUAAAUAUUCAAUGAUGAAAACACAAUGGAUCCUAAUAAUAUGCUAAAAAAAGCAAUAGUUCCAAAAUUCAAAAGACCAUAGACUGCUAGUGUAAAGUCAGCAGGAAACUUUGCUUAGUUUAAAGCCAAUAAAAAUGUGAAGAAGAAGACAGACCCAGUAAGCAGAUAUCAAAGUCUAUAAAAUGAGUGGAAAACCAAUUCAUUCCUAAAGUAAUCAAACAAUAAACAGGGAAGAAAACUUGAUCUAGACAGAUUCCACAAGUGGAGUUCCUUGGUUCAUGCUCAUAAUUCUAUCUCGCAGCAGAAAAAGGGAUAAGUACAUAAAUUCAUUCCAAAUAACAAAGGACCGACCGAGGACCGUAGAGAUGAUAUGAGAUUCCAGCUUAGAGCUAAGAUGAGUCAGAAGGAUUACGUAGACAAGCAAAUGAAAGUUUUCCACUAUAAUUAAGAAAUAUAGCAACCUGCUCAUCAUAAAAAUGUGAAAGCCCCUACAUCAUAGCAAUAAUUCAUAAUGAAUCAAAUGCAAUUAUCUGAUUAAUACGAAGUGGAAGAUAAGCUUGAAGUCAUUAAGAAACAGAUAAAUAACCUCAAGAAAUGUGUAUGA